UCCGUCGCUCUAUAAAAGCAGAGCCUCUCUUUUCCUUGGUCUCUCACUUGAAUGAAUACAUUUCUUUUCUUUUGGAAACAUGUGUGGUGGUGCUAUUAUCUCUGAUUUCGUUGCCGUGAAACGCAUCCGGCGAAGGGCUGCCGAGGAUCUCUGGUCGGAGCUUGACCCCUUCUCUGACUUUCUUGGCUUGGACUACCCUAAUAAUGCCAAUAAAGAGCAGAUAUCUAUCCAGUUGGAUCUUAAACUCCCUGAAAGGCCAAAGCUAAAGCUGCAGCUCAAGCAAGUGGCCACCAGCCGUGAGAAUUCUGAGAAGACUGCCACUGUAAUGGAAGGGAACAAGACUCGGAGAAUUCGCAAGAAUAUUUACAGAGGAAUAAGGCAAAGGCCAUGGGGGAAAUGGGCUGCUGAGAUCAGAGACCCACACAAGGGUGUCCGUGUCUGGCUCGGUACUUAUAAUACAGCUGAAGAAGCAGCCCGAGCCUACGAUGAGGCAGCCAAGCGCAUCCGUGGUGACAAGGCUAAGCUCAAUUUUGGGCAGUCACCACCACCACUACAACCAUCAUCCAAGAAAAGGUGCCUCAUCGCUCCUGAGAUGUCUCCUGCUACCUUCCAAACCUGCAGCGUACCAGCACCGCAAACAUACAUGGGUCUUGGCCUCGGGUAUCAAAAAGAAUUGGGGAGUGAUUAUGAGCUGAAAGAACAAAUCUCAAGCCUAGAAACGUUUCUGGGAUUGGAGCCCGAGCAGAUGGUGGCUCAGCUGAGUGAAAGCAGCUGUGAGACAAGUGAGUCGGUGGACCUGUGGAUGCUGGAUGACCUGGUGAGCCACCAUCAGAACCAGCGCCAGCUUUCAUUUUAAAGUAAAUAAUAUAAAUAAAGUAGAUGUAGUAUUGGUGGUGUGUUUAGGGUUCCAGUGGUACUCUGUUUAUGUUCAAUGCUUCCCUGUUUAAGACUCUUUCUAUGUAUUAAGACUGGAUUUGCGUGA